UCGGUCCACGCAGACCACCCACGACCAUGUCCGCCUACGACAUGAACGGCUCACCCGCGCCCGAGGGCAAGGGCGACGACUCGAAGAAGAUCAGCUUUCGCUUUUGCCGCGAGUGCUCUAACAUGCUCUACCCGAAGGAGGAUCGCAUGAGCAAUACGCUCAUGUUCGCCUGCCGCACCUGUCAGUUCAGCGAGCAGGCGACCGCUUCCUGCAUCUGGCGUAACUCCCUCAAGGAGGACGUCCAGGAGACGGCUGGUAACGUCGACGACGUUGCACAGGAUCCAACGGUGGGUAGCGAUUCUCCAUCCGAUACAUACAUGACAGAGGACGAAGGCGACGACGACGACCUGGACAUUGAGGCGCAGGACUUCGAGCCCGAGAUGUGCACCAUGUGCGGACAAGAAAUCCUGUGUCCCAUCUGCGAGCGACCGACCGAUGCGCACCUGUCCCUCGAAGUGCCCGAUGAAGCAGAGCUCCCGGAAGAGGAGGCCAGCGAUGCGGUUGAAGCGGAGAAACGAGAGAGACAGCAGAGCUCUGCUUGAGGGGGGAGGCAAGAGGAGGACGUCUUCACAUUUACCAACACUGCAUAUG